AUGGCGUCCAUCUCGUUCUGCGGUGAAUGGUCAGUACUCGUCUCGAGUUGAUCGGUGCGUCCAUCUUGAAAGUGCCCGACUGACCUCGCUCCCUCCCCCCUCGACGUGCCCGUCCAGCAACAACCUCUUGUACCCCAAGGUAAGCUCACAUCCCAUCAUCCUCACAGGGUGCAGCAUACUGAACCAGCUGCGAUCUCUUCGUAGGAGGACAAGGUCUCGCACGUGUUGAUGUACGCCUGUCGCAACUGUCACUACAAGGAGGAGACCACCAACCCUUGCGUGUACAAGCAUGAUCUGUUGGUCGUGUCAAAGUGAGAGACCACACCGGGCACACGCUCAAGCGAAAGGCGUGUCUCCUCGGAUCUGACACCGGCUGACACCGGUGGCGAUAUGUAGGGAAACCGCAGGUGUGACGCAGGACUUGCAGACCGAUCCGACUUUGGUCAGUCCAUACACACAAGUCACGACCGAGUGGGUAGCUGCGACCCAUGAUCGCUCCUUUGGACUGACAGACGGCGUCACCAACCACAGCCAAGAUCAAAUAUCGAAUGUCCAAGAUGGUGAAUGCUCCCCCCCUACCGUCUACCGUUGGGCCGUGUCUUGAGCUCAGGGGAACACCCCACAAGACGACGAUCCCGUCCGCAGUGCUGAUUCUUCCCUUCUCGCCAUUGACGCCAUGACCAUCACCUCUGAUCUCUCUCGUCACCUAUCCAACAGUCAACACAAAGAGUCAGUACAGAACGAGCACUGGGACCCCACUCCGGACCGUAACUGAUCUCAACCUACCCGCGUGGUCAGAGCCGUCUUUUUCCAAGGUCAAGCCAAACGAACCGAUACCAAGAUGACGCUCUUCUUCGUCUGCACAAAGUGGGUGUCGACGUCUUCUUUCGGAAUUCGGGUUUUCGGUGGCGCCCCAUGCUGUGAUCUUCGGAAUUACUCUGGCACUGACGAUCAACCGACCGCUUCCGGUCCUCCCUCUCCCCCCAACUCGCAGUUGCCACAAGACGUUCCAGGAUCCCAUCCUGAAUCGACGAUAG